CAUCUAUUCCUUUGUCAGUUUCGUUCAGUUUCGUUAUCGUUCGUUAUCUUUAGCCGAAGGUGGUGAUAAUAUUGACGCAUUCAUGUAUCCUCCCAGUUGAGAACGUUGUUUAACGAGAUACGUCCAAAGAUUUAGUAACAAUAGUUUUUCAAAUUAAUUUACCAGUAUGCCCGCAUAUCACUCAAGUUUUGUAGAAAAUAAUGGAAACGUUGGUAAUAUGGCGCUUCUGCCUAUUAGAACGCAUUUCAGAGGUCCUGCGCCUCCUUUUAACAGUAAAGAUCCGGAUAUAAUUGACGAAGCAUUAUACUUUUUUAAAGCAAACGUAUUCUUUAGAACGUAUGAAAUUAAGAGCGAGGCUGAUAGAGUUUUAAUUUAUAUUACUCUGUAUAUAACCGAAUGUUUGAAAAGGCUACAGAAGUGUGCAACCCAAGCUUUAGCAACGAACGAAAUGUAUUCUCUUGCUAUAUCCAAGUUUGAUAUACCUGGUGAUCCAGGGUUUCCUUUGAACUCUGUAUAUGCCAAACCCAGCAAUCCUGUAGAAGCUGAUACCAUGAGACAGUAUUUACAACAAAUAAGGCAAGAGACUGGCGUCAGGCUCGUAGAGAAAGUAUAUGGAGAGGACGGAAAACCAAGCAAGUGGUGGUUAUGUUUCGCGAAAAAGAAGUUUAUGGAUAAGUCUUUAUCUGGGCCUGGACAAUAGUGCAUGAUUUUUAAUUUCAUAACCGAAUGUACGCGUUGGUUAAAUACAGUAAUCCAUUAUUUAAGGAAGAAAUGCAUUUUAACGUUCCACAAAUUAUAAUAAACUAAAAAUCUUUUAAUUGCGGAAAAUAAUUACACACUUCGUGCAAUUAUAUUCGUGUUUUAUAUGUACAUUUGUUUCUAUUUGUAAAAAAAAUAUACGACAGUACAAACAGUU